AAGUUUCUUCAGCCUGUCAUAUUAGCCCUCACAUAAGUCGACCCUGAUCUACUACAGCAAACCUGUCCCCUCUUCCUUCAUCUAGCAGAACCGAAUUCCGGCCUUAUCAUUGGAAUCAAACAUGCAGUACAAACUUACCUCCGUACUAGCUGCAGGCGCCUUGGUCGCAGUCAGUAACGGUGCGCCUAUCGCACAAGAACUCGGUCUCGGCGCACCAUCUGGUCCUACUGUAGGCAAUCCAACUAGCGAUACGACUUGGGGCAAGCGUGACGUCGUCUGGGACCCUGCACCGCCAGCAACAGGAGAUAAGUUCGACCUUGGGAAGCCAUCAACAGGUAUCAUUUGGGGCAAGCGCGAUGACGAGGCCUCGAAGCCAAAGGACAUCUUUACUAUCGGCAAGCCAACCACAGUCGUGGAUUGGAACAAGCGUGCUGAGCCUGCGGACGUUAAGGAAAUCGGCGAUGCUUCGACGGUUGUUACGUGGUCGUAAAGUAUGAUGCGCGAAGGGGCUAUAUUCCGGUGACAGUGUGUGCUCGAGAGCGUUUUUGUAUCAUCAACAUUCGUAUUAGUUUCAGCGAACAGAGGGACGGGUGUUGUAUGGCUACACUCUGUAUACUCUGUGGGCAUAACAGAAAAUGCGAAAUGUGUGGGCUG